AGUUUUUGGCGAGGAACCAACACUUUGAAAUUCAACAUGAGAUGUUUUCGUGCUUGUUUUGGCCACCCAAAAAUGGUGCAACAUCAGUGUUUGUCUCCCAGCAUUGAAUCUGUCACACUCAUACAUGAAAACACAGAAUCACUGAAAGAGGAGAUUGUUAUUCCCACCAAACAUAUAUCACGUUUAACUGAAGAUAUGAAGUUGGCGGAAAAUGAAAUGGAGGGAGAGAAAGAGAGUUUGAAGAAAGAAUAUUUGCCAAAAGAAAGCAGUAGUUCAUGUCUUGAACAAGAAUCAUGCUGCAGCUCUCUCUUCACUCUAUCCAUAGAAUCUAGUAGGCAAUUGCUUGCAGCUGAAAAAGAGGUCACAAGCCUACUCAAAAGCACAUCAUCCAAGCAUGAAGAUGAGGAUUACAUGACACAUCAAUUUUCCUUUGAUAAAUCAAAGUCAUGGAGAGGAAGAAAAGACAACGAGGUGGAAGUCGAAAGCCUCUCGUGCUGGUUACUUGAGAGUGAGAAAUCGCCACAGAAGAAUACAGCAAGUUGAAUGAUGCAACAACUAAAAACAAGUGUUGAGGCUUCUUAGA